AUGAACAAAAACGGAACAGCUAAAAUGAAUGAUAAUCAAAUUAGAGCAGAAGGUAGAAGGUUAUUUAAACGCUUCUAUAACAUUCCUGAUGGUGCUAAUCCUAAAACUCGUAGAAGCUAUUUAAAUGAAGCAAUAGAUGCAUAUGAAGGGUUUGACAUUUCAUCAGAAAGUGAGAGAUUAGCGAGAAUGUUAAAUGUUAAUAUUGAUUUCUAUUAUUGUGAUCCUCAACCAGAAGACGUGGACAUAAAUAAGGUAGACUUUCCAUUAGUGGAAUCAAUAAUGAUAGAUCCAGAAUUUGAAACAGUAAAUAUUUUAUUAACACAGAGUCCAUGUGGAAAACUUCACGCUGACAGAAUAACAGACGUUGAAGCACUCACCGGCUAUAAAGUUUGUCCAUAUUGUAAAGAAGAAGUUUAUUCUAUCCGUGAUGAUCCAGAAAGGAAAAACCAAAGAAGAUUUUUAAAGCAUUGUGAGAAAUGUAAAGAAAAUAAUGGAAGAUUAAUUCAAGACGUUCAGUUGCAAAAGACACAGCAACCAUAUGCACCACAUAUUACGAAACAGAAGAUAUAUCAGUGGUUAUUAGCUCACAAUUUGCAGAAAUAUUAUAAACCGACAAGAUAUUAUAUUACUUUUGACUUCGAAACAUUAGAGACUAAAGAAGAAUUACAACUUUCUGAGU